CUUUCGUUGGCUUCAGAUAAGUAAAUCCAGUGACACUUAUCGAUCACAUAUCGUCCUAUGUCAUCACUUAAUCCGAUUAAGACAUGAGUGCCCCCCUUUUUCAUGAUUUGUUCAUGCAACCUACGUGCUCGAAGCCAGACAGUCGAGUUGGUAUUCCAUCACCGGAAGCCCAAGGCCAUGCGACUGUGAGCUACGGCGGUAUCGAUCAACCGAGAGUGAGUCAAAGCUUUUGGAGAUGAGCUGUCAUACAUGUUUUCGCGCUCCAGCUUCGCGAACCCGGUUUUUCUGCCCUACCUGUGCCCGUAGUCAGCUGUAUCAGCUCCGGGUUGAGAACGCGAGGGUCCUGCUUGAGAAACAGUCUAUUGCGGAACAUAUCCAAGCUAGAGUGACCCCUGAGACAACCCAAGCGGAAUGGUCGGGUGAAAUCAAAGAAACCGCCAUUGCUUAUCAAAAUGGGCUCUCUGCCAAGCGAAGCUUACAGAUGAUCGCUAAGGGAGAAGCUGAGUCGUGUGAAAGGUUGAGGCUACUCGGUGAUCAACUCGAAAACCUGACUGCUGAGAUCAAGGACAAAAGACUUGAAAUUUCCCAACGCAGGCUCGCACUAGCGCGACGGCACUCGGACUCUGAAUCUGCACAGUAUCAGCUCGGCGAGCGGGAAGCUGCAAUUCUGGCCAACAUCCAGAAUAAUACUAAGAGAACGGAUCAUCUCUGGCACUCGCUCCAUAGCAAAACUGCAGAGGCCCGAAUAUUUCUCUGCCGAGAAGCUGCCAAUCUUUAUGGGCUACAGCGGAAGACAAGGAGUAAGGAAGGAAUGUCCCAAGAGGUCUACACGAUGGGUGGUAUAGAUAUCAUCGAUUUGAGGGACAUGAACGGUGUCACGCCAGCUUAUAUAUCCACCUCCCUCUUCAAUGUUGCUCACCUUCUCGUCCUUGUUUCGCAUUAUCUGUCUCUCAGACUCCCAGCGGAAAUCACUUUACCUCAUAAAGACCAUCCUAUACCCACUAUAUGCGCACCUUCUGCUUCCUAUCUUUCACGAGAUCCAAAUUCCGUAACAUAUUCGCUACGUCAUCCACCAUCUGUACCGCCUGGAACUAGAACCGCAUCGCCUCGCCCUUCCAGACCUCGGCCCCUCUCCAUCGACAGAGCACUUCCGAAACUGGCUAGGGAAGACCCUGGAACAUAUGCACUAUUUCUUGAAGGGGUAACAAUACUGGCAUGGAAUGUGUCGUGGCUAUGUCGAACUCAGGGAAUAAACAUAACAUCGGAGUCCUGGGAAGAAGUUUGUAACGUUGGGAAGAAUUUGUGGCAACUCCUUGUGGCACCACCUGCGCAGCCAUCGACACUAUCAAGAGCCUUUGCUGGACGCGAUAUACAGGCGAAGAUGAGGGUAUCAAAGGACUCACCCAAAACUACCAUUCAGCGCACAAUGUCAUUCCCUAUGCUAGGGCAUUACUCGCAUGGGACUGCACAUUCCUUUCUGGGUGCUGUCGAGGGGGCUGAAUUCAUGCGCACAUGGAGACUUCCAACUCCAACAAAGAUCGUGGAUAAGCUGAAAUCAACUCUGUUGGGUGAAAUGGCCAGUGCAGAAUGGGAGCUGCUGGAAGGCGAUUGGGACGACGCAAGUCAGGAACCGAGGGAAUCAAUGCUUAUUCAACAUCCAUCCACCGAUUCUACCUCACCGGAGCGACAGGGUAAUACUAAUAGCGGGAAUAGCGUAAAUGAUACAGUUGCCGGCGCGAGCAACCUCAGUGGACCUCGUGGACCCACUCGUAUGAAGGGUACCAGUGGCUGGACCAAGCUGAGAAACAGGUAG